CGUUUGAUCGUUGCAGCGCGCUCCACGGACCAUCAAUCCCAACCUCUUGAUCCCAACCGAAGUUGUCAACCUAGCUUCGAGAACCACGUGCUCGUGUCAUGUUAAGCAAUCUGCAUUAACAUCCAUAGCUGCAAGGUACCGACCGACCUGCACUUGUUCGCCGGCUGCCUUUGUCGCAUCGUUUUCCCCUUCGCGCCUGGACAAUCGAUAUCGCAAAGCAAAGGUUUGGUCCUAUCUUGCCAGCCGACAUCGCAUACGAUACACCUUGCAGAGCAAUCGUAUUUGUCGCGACUGGAUUUCUGUGUCAUAUAGAUACACGCCAUGGCUACUCCCACCCUCAAUUUCAUCACUUUCAAUCAAGACCACAGCUGUCUUGCUGUUGGUACUUCCAAGGGCUUUCGCAUCUACCAUACCGAUCCUUUCUCUCGAAUCUUCAGUAGCGACGAUGGCAACAUUGCUAUUAUCGAGAUGCUGUUCUCUACCUCCCUCGUCGCUCUCAUUCUUUCUCCUCGCCAUCUCAUAAUUCAGAACACUAAGGUACCGGAACUCUUGUUGUCAAAAGGGAUCGCAUUGCUCACAAAUGUACUAGAGAGCAUCUGUCAUUUGCGAACUUACCUUCCCCUCGGCCGUUCUAGCUGUCCGAUUGAACCGAAAGCGCCUGGCGGUCGUUCUUGAGGAUGAAAUAUACCUCUACGAUAUCAGCAACAUGAGCCUCCUGCAUACGAUCCCGACUUCGCCGAAUCCUUCUGCUAUAUGCGCCCUCUCACCUUCCUCCGAGAAUUGUUUCAUCGCCUAUCCGCUGCCCAAGCCUCGAGAGGAUCCUGACGCCCGGCGCCCUGCUCACGCACCUCCUCAUUCAGCUUUUGUUGCGCCUACUUCAGGCGAAGUGUUGGUCUUCGAUACUCUUACCCUGAAAGCUGUCAACGUCAUCGAGGCGCAUCGCUCGCCGUUAUGCUGCAUCUGUCUCAAUAAUGAGGGUACUCUGCUCGCUACAGCCAGCGAGACAGGCACUAUCAUUCGCGUCUUUUCGGUACCAAAGGGCCAAAAGCUAUAUCAAUUUCGACGUGGAACCUACCCAUCCACUAUCUACAGCAUGUCAUUUAAUCUGAGCUCGACGCUAUUAUGCGUCUCUUCGACUUCAGAUACGGUUCAUAUCUUCCGACUUGGGGUCCCCCCAGGAAACAACACACCGGCUGGGGCUCCCAUUGAAUCCCCGGGCUCGCAGCGGCAGGAUCGUUGGUCUCGAGCAAGGAGCUUCGAUGACCCCGAAUCCCCAGGCACCAGUGCAGGCGACUCGCCCAAGAACGAAUCUUCCGAUGUCGUUUCGUCUGGGAAUGGCGCAGGCAGCAGCAAUAGCGCAGGACAUACAAGACAGAGUGGCUCAUUCAGUAGUAUGCUUCGCCGCUCUUCACAAAUAAUGGGCCGAGGAGUUGCUGGUGUCGUGGGGUCCUACCUACCUCAAUCCGUAACAGAAAUGUGGGAACCUCUACGCGAUUUCGCUUAUAUCAAGAUACCAAAAUCUACAGUUCCUUCGGGGACUUCAAGGGCUCUACGUGAUGCUCCAGGAGGUCCCUUACGAAGCGUUGUAGCGAUGAGUAGUAGCAGUCCUCAAGUAAUGGUUGUCACUAGCGAUGGCGGCUUUUACGUUUACAAUAUUGACAUGGAACACGGCGGAGAAGGCUACCUAGUCAGGCAAUUCUCUGUCCUGGAGGGUGACGACAAGAGCGACGCGUCAGGUUAUGGAAACUAGCGGAGCCCUGCAAAGGUCAACAGAAACUGCAGCAGCAAUAUCAGAUCAACCUUGUGCUCUGAGCGAGGUUGAUGAAUGGAGCGGAAGCAUUACUACCGGCGUUUAUCGGGUCUGGAAUCUUUUAACACUAAUAAUCUCUUUUGCGGCGAGAUAUCCCUUUCUCUAAUACCCUUUUUUGUUUGUUAUACUUCCGAACAUCAUCCACGUGUGUCGUCAAAGGUACGAGCAACGGACAGAAGGGGCGGAAUACUUUGGUAGAGGAUAUUUUGUCACUGGAGAUUGCAGCUUCAACAUUACAUCUUAGCCAAACUUAUUGAUUAUCUCUACAUACAUUUCACCGUAUGUACGUACGUAGAAGGCAAAGAAGGAGCAUAUGUACAUUCAUUCAAAGCAACCAAAAGCAAUCGUAACCCAUUGUCGUUCAUCAU